AGCUUUGUUCUCAAAAAGUGACAUCUCUAAUAACGACAUGCUUGCAUAAUUUAAAUUCGUUUAAAAAAACUAAAAUGAAACGCCGUUGGCAGUUGGUCAGCUGUCUGAGACAACAUUGGCGAAGUCAAAGCCAUGCUGCCGGCUCAUCAGCAUCUCAGCCAACACCAGCAACUUCUUCAACUCCACGUGAGACCUUCUUGAAACGAGUUAACUCGGGGCCCGGCUUGCAGGAUUUCUUCACAGCAAAACCAACUUCCAGGCUAAAGGAGAACGAGGAAUUGGACGUGGACAAUAGUGUGCCCUAUCUAAAUAGCAUUGAUUUCAAUGGACAGGGCCGAAAAGUACACUUUGAGGUUUAUGGCUGCCAAAUGAACACCAACGAUACGGAGGUGGUUUGGAGCAUACUCCAGGAAAAUGGCUAUCAACGAUGCCACGACCAAAACGAAGCAGAUGUGAUCAUGUUGGUUACCUGUGCGGUGCGUGAUGGAGCCGAACAAAAGAUUUGGAAUCGUCUGCGCCAUUUGCGAGCACUCAAGGAAAAGCGCUCCAGUAGACGAGGACCAUUGCAGCUAACUCUGUUGGGAUGCAUGGCAGAGCGGCUGAAAGAACGUUUGCUGGAACAGGAGAAAAGUGUCGACGUUAUAGCUGGACCCGAUAGCUACAAGGACCUACCCAGAUUACUGGCCGUAUCACGACAUUAUGGCAAUUCGGCUAUCAAUGUGCUCCUCUCACUGGACGAGACCUAUGCGGAUGUGAUGCCAGUGCGUUUAAAUUCCGAAUCCCCUACCGCUUUUGUGUCCAUUAUGCGAGGAUGCGACAACAUGUGUUCCUAUUGCAUAGUGCCUUUUACACGAGGUCGCGAACGAUCCCGUCCUCUGGAGUCCAUUGUGAGAGAAGUGCUCACCCUGCAGGAGCAGGGCGUUAAAGAGGUGACACUCCUUGGACAGAAUGUCAACUCGUACAGAGAUCGCAGUGGACAAGAUGAGGAUAAUACUAAGGAUGCACCGGUGCCUGGUUUUAAGACUGUCUACAAACCAAAAAGCGGUGGUUUACCCUUCUCAAAGCUGCUCGAAAGCGUAGCCGAGGCAGUACCAGAAAUGCGAAUACGUUUCACUUCGCCUCAUCCGAAGGACUUCUCCGACGAUGUGCUGAGGAUUAUACGCGACUAUCCGAAUGUGUGCAAGCAAUUGCACCUGCCCGCCCAGUCGGGCAACUCACAAGUUUUGGCCAGAAUGCGACGAGGCUACACUCGGGAAGCCUAUUUGGAGCUGGUCGAGCACAUACGCAAGAUUCUGCCCCAUGUGGGUUUGUCCAGUGACUUUAUUUGCGGCUUUUGUGGCGAAACGGAUGAGGAAUUCGAGGAUACUAUCUCCCUAAUCCAAAAGGUUCGUUACAAUGUGGCCUAUCUCUUUGCCUAUAGCAUGAGAGAGAAAACCACAGCACAUCGACGCUUUGUGGAUGAUGUGCCGCUGGCGGUGAAGACACAACGACUACAGCGAAUGGUUCAAGCCUUUCGCACUGGAGCCACUCAACUCCAUCAAGAAUUUGUGGGUCAACAACAACUAAUUCUCAUCGAAGGUAGAAGCAAGCGUUCCGCUUUGCAUUGGUUUGGACGCAAUGACGCAAACAUUAAGGUUAUUGUACCUUCUAUGGAGGUGCCUGUAGCCGGACAAGAUUCUAGCAAAAUGAAAUCCUUUGGAGUCGGUGAUUUUGUGGUGGCUCGCAUUGAGGAAUCCAAUUCUCAGGUGCUUAAGGGCACACCCCUGCAACUGAGCAGCAUUUCCAGAUUUCACAGCAAAGCGUAGCAAUUUUAAUAAACAAGAUUUAUGCUUUAUUUCUUAACUCCUA